AUGGGUCUCGAACUCCCGUCAUACGUGCUUGCGGCGCUGACGGCCGCCGGCGGAGCUAUCGGCUACGCGCGGACGGGGAGCACGCCUAGUCUUGUUGCGGGGACGGCCGUCGGUCUUCUUUAUGGCCUCGGAGGCUACCGUAUCAGCAACAGUGAGCCCUACGGCAUUGAAUUGAGUCUGUUGGCCUCCGUCGUUCUCGGCGGCUCGUCGAUCCCUCGCGCCAUUCGGCUCCAGAAGCCUGUGCCCAUCGCAUUGUCCUUGAUCGCGGCGUACGGGGCGUACACGUUUGGAGAUGCUUUCCGUCGCACCUUGUAA